UCGGAUUCGAACUUCAAACGUCCGGAGAAAAUGCAUCGUGAGUUGUAUAACCUGAUUGGCAAUGCCGAGACGAAGGAGGCUGUGGUCCACUUUUUAUUGCAGCUAGGUGGGCGUCCUGCUCGUAAGUACAAAUGGGUGUCUUUCAUCAACGAGGCUCGCAGUGAUUCUCUUCAGUUGUAUCAUUGGCAGAGAGUUGACAAAUUGGAUAACCCAGAACCGUAUCCAUUCGCAAAAUUUAACAAAGUUAUUAACAUUCCCGACUUCACCGAUGAAGAGUAUGACAAAUACCUCAAGGUGGAUAAUUGGACUUUGGAGCAAACAAGGCAUCUUUUCGAUGUGUGUCGGCGUUUUGACAUUCGUUGGCCCAUUGUCCAUGACCGUUACGAUAGGGAGAAGUAUGGCUUUAGAUCAAUGGAAGACUUAAAGGAUCGGUUUUAUGCGAUUACAAACGAGUUAUCCCUUCUAAAGGAUCCUACGAGCGAACCCAUUUGCUUUGAUGCUGAUCAUGAACGCAGGCGUAAAGAGCAGUUAAUUAAGCAGUGGAAUCGAACUAAGGAGCAGCUAGAAGAAGAAGAGAUGCUUCUCGCUGAAUUGAAGCGCAUUGAAAUCCGGAAAAAAGAACGUGAAAAGAAAGCCCAAGACCUGCAGAAACUCAUCAAUAUGGCAGAGGCACCGGCCAGUCCAUCAGUGAGGUACGUCUCCUACGGUGCUGCGAUGGGUAAAAAGAAAAGUAUAUUCCGUCAAAAGGGUGGUUCAUCUACGGCUACCACGUCUGGAAAUAUCAGCUUCAAUCCUAUGGACAUUUCUGUCUCUGCUAUUAGAUUCCCGGAGUUUAAGUCAGCAGGGGCCCAUCUGCGUAGUCAAGAGAUGAAGCUGCCUACGAAUAUUGGACAAAAAAAGCUCAAGAAUAUUGAAGUUGUUCUGAAAAAGUGUAAACUUGAACUGAAUCCUAUGGGUUCCGAGGCAAUCGUGGCCGCAUACAACGAAUUUCGGUCGCAAAUAGUUCUCCUACAAGAGUUGAAAUCGACAUUACAAACUGCAGAGUUUGAGCUCGAAACGUUGCGAAAUAGGCUUGUCGAGGAAGGGAAACAGCCCUUCGAAAUUGAAAAUCGGAUGCGGAUUUCCACGCUUGCAGAAGGUGGGCUUGAUUCUGAGGAGCUGACUGGUGAAGAGGGAGCACCGAGUACGACUCGUCGAAUUACUUCAUAUAUUGACACAUCUACUUUGUGGAUCAGAACUAGUACUGCUAGCACAAUGACUAUAGAAACUGGAACAAUCAGAUUAUAG